AUGAAACGUCAAUCGGAAUCGAACGAAUGUCAACCUGAAAAAAGAUCGAAGAAUGAAGCCGGUGUCAAUGACUUUCUGCGUCUGAAUGACUCUCAUUUCACUGAAACCGAUUAUCAAGAUGCUUUUCAUACAAUUGCGAAUAAACUAAUCAAUGAAUAUGAACUCGUUUUCAAUGAUCAAACAACCUUUCGUCUAGUCGAAUUGGAAUUUUAUUUCUAUCACGAACUUCGUCAUGCUGAUUCAUUCGCACAUCGACAUCCGGAACAACAGCAUUAUGAAAAUUGGUAUUUUCAUCGACAAGGUACAUCAGCAACAGCUAGUUACAAAGCAGGUACUUAUAAAGGCUUAGAUAUUACUUUCGGUUCAACAGAUGGAUCAUCCUACGGUGGAAUACUAAUUCGCUCGAUAAAAAAUCUUGAAACGAAUGAAAUCUACGAAGGUAGCUGUUUAGUUGUCAAUGCUAUAUUAGAAUUAUGUAAGAGUGAAACAAUCAAAGAUCUUGUCGAACUGAAAUUACUGAAGAAUUUGAAUGUUUUCAACCGAAAUUCGUUUAUUUAUUUACGACCAAGCACUGCUAUUGAAUCAAAAGAACUCAUUGCAUCACCACGUGUAGGACUGACUUUGAAAGUACCUUCGCUCGAUCGUGAACGAUUCCUUUUUCGUCCCUAUCGAUUUACACCCAAAGAUUAUUAUCCUGCCAAAAUGCGCGCCACAAUUAUGUUAGCAUUAGCCGUGGAAAAAUACUUCAAUACAAAACAGGGCAAGUUUACUGACUAUGUCGAUGACAUAGGUCAGCAAUUCGACAUGCGUUCCGGAACAAUUACAACUAAUUUGAAAGACUUUCAACUUGGAUACGAAACGAAUACGUCGAAGAAGACUUCACCAUUAGUCGAUUAUCACAAGAAAACGUGGACGGCAGCAGAUAUAGCCAAAGCAUACGGCAUUUGGGUUCAAAAAUACCGAACAAAUUAG